UGCUGAGGCGCGGAGCCCGAGCACCCGCCGAGCAGGAACUGCGGAGACGCAGCCUCCAGCUGGGCAGUCGGGAGCACAGGUCCCCAGUCUUGGGUGGGCGGGGCCGUCCGCGUGGAGGGGCGGGGCUAACCGCCUGGCCUAGCUCACCCGCGAGCCCCGCCCGCGGACCCCAGUUUCCUAGGAACUUUUCCUGAGCUCCAGCCACCUCGAGACCCGGUAGGCCAUGGACGGGCUGCCCUUCGGGGAGCCGGCUCUGGAGCAGGCACUGGCCGAGCCGUGCGAGCUGGACGCGGCGCUGCUGACCGACAUCGAAGACAUGCUUCAGCUCAUCAACAACCAAGACAGCGACUUCCCUGGCCUGUUUGAUGCCCCCUAUGCUGGGGGUGGGGUGGGUGACACAGACCCUGCCAGCCCUGGUGCCAGCUCCCCCGAAAGCUUGUCUCCUCCUGCUUCUCUGAGCUCCUCCCUGGAAGCCUUUCUGGGGGGACCCAAGGUGGCACCUGCACCCUUGUCCCCUCCACCAUCUGCAUCCACUGCAUUGAAGAUGUACCCAUCUGUGCCUCCCUUCUCCCCUGGAUCUGGAAUCAAAGAAGAGCCAGUACCACUCACCAUCCUGCAGCCUCCAACUCCACAGCCAUCACCAGGGACUCUCUUGCCCCAGAACUUCCCUCCACCACCCUCCCAGUUCAGCUCUACCCCUGUGUUGGGGUACUCUAGUCCUCCUGCAGGCUUCUCAGGUACCCUUCCUGGGAGUACCCAGCAGCCACCACCUGGCCUGCCACUGGUUUCUGCACCAGGGAUCUCGCCUGUCUCCUUACAAACGCAGGUCCAGAGCUCAGCUUCCCAGCAGCUGCUGCCAGCCCCAGCAGCCCCUGGAACAACCACUGUGACCUCACAGAUCCAGCAGGUCCCGGUCAUGUUGCAGCCACACUUCAUCAAGGCAGACUCACUGCUGCUGACAGCUGUAAAGACAGAUGCAGGGGCCACAGUAAAGGCUGCAGGCAUCAAUGCCCUGGCCCCUGGCACGGCUGUACAGGCAGGCCCCUUGCAGACCCUGGUAAGUGGUGGGACCAUCCUGGCCACAGUGCCGCUGGUUGUGGAUGCUGACAAGCUGCCCAUCCACCGACUGGCAGCUGGUAGCAAGGCCCUGGGCUCAACCCAGAGCCGUAGUGAGAAACGUACAGCCCACAAUGCCAUCGAGAAACGCUACCGUUCCUCUAUCAAUGACAAGAUUGUGGAGCUCAAGGACCUGGUAGUGGGCACCGAAGCAAAGCUGAAUAAAUCUGCUGUCUUACGCAAGGCCAUUGACUACAUCCGCUUCUUACAACACAGCAACCAGAAACUCAAGCAGGAGAACUUGAGCCUGCGAACUGCUGCUCACAAAAGCAAAUCACUGAAGGAUCUGGUGUCAACCUGUGGUAGUGGAGGAAGCACAGAUGUGCCCAUGGAGGGCAUGAAGCCUGAGGCGGUAGAGACGCUGACCCCUCCACCCUCAGAUGCUGGCUCACCCUCCCAGAGCAGCCCCUUGUCCCUUGGCAGCAAGGGUAGUGGCAGCAGCAGUGACUCUGAGCCUGACAGUCCAGUCUUUGAGGACAGCCAGGUAAAGGCAGAGCAGGUGCCACCACAGCCUCCACUCAACCAGCCUCUGCACAGCCGAGGCAUGCUGGACCGCUCCCGCCUGGCCCUGUGUGCACUGGUCUUCCUGUGUCUGACUUGCAACCCCCUGGCCUCCCUGUGUGGCUGGGGCCUCCCCAGCCCCUCCAGUGCUGCCAGUGUGCAUCAGAGUCCUGGGCGCAGCAUGCUGGAGGCUGAGGGCAGAGAUGGCCCCAGCUGGACCUGGUGGUUGCUGCCCCCCCUGGUCUGUCUAGCCAAUGGACUACUAGUGCUGGUCUGCUUAGCAUUUCUCUUUGUGUAUGGGGAGCCGGUUACCCGACCCCACUCAGGCCCCGCUGUACACUUUUGGAGACAUCGCAAGCAGGCUGACUUGGACUUGGCCCGGGGGGAUUUUGCCCAGGCUGCUCAGCAGCUGUGGCUAGCCCUACAGGCACUGGGCCGGCCCCUGCCCACUUCUCAUCUGGACCUGGCCUGCAGCCUGCUCUGGAACCUCAUUCGCCACCUGCUGCAGCGCCUCUGGGUGGGCCGCUGGCUGGCAGGCCAGGCCGGAGGCCUGCAGAGGGACUGUGGGCUGAGGGUGGAUGCCCGCACCAGUGCCCGAGAUGCAGCUCUCGUCUACCAUAAGCUGCACCAGCUGCACACCAUGGGGAAGUACACAGGAGGGCACCUUGCUGCCUCCAACCUCGCACUGAGUGCCCUGAACCUGGCUGAAUGUGCAGGGGAUGCUGUGUCCAUGGCAACGCUGGCAGAGAUCUAUGUGGCAGCAGCCCUGAGGGUCAAAACCAGUCUCCCAAGAGCCUUGCACUUUCUGACACGUUUCUUCUUGAGUAGUGCCCGCGAGGCCUGCCUAGCACAGAGUGGUUCAGUGCCUCUUGCCAUGCAGUGGCUGUGCCACCCCGUGGGCCACCGUUUCUUCGUGGAUGGGGACUGGGCCCUACGCAGUGCCCCACAGGAGAGCCUGUACAGCUUGGCCGGGAACCCAGUGGACCCACUGGCCCGGAUGACCCAAAUAUUCUGUGAGCAUCUACUGGAGCAAGCACUGAGCUGUGUGGCCCAGCCCAGCCCAGGGGCAGCUGAUGGAGACAAGGAGUUCUCAGAUGCUCUUGGGUACCUGCAGUUGCUAAACAGCUGUGCCGAUGCUGCAGGGGCUCCUGCCUGCAGCUUCUCCAUCAGUUCCAGCAUGGCUGCCACCACUGGCAAAGACCCAGUGGCCAAAUGGUGGGCCUCUCUGACGGCCGUGGUGAUCCACUGGUUGCGGCGGGAUGAAGAGGCAGCUGAACGCCUGUACCCACUGGUGGAACAUAUGCCCCAAGUGCUUCAGGAGACUGAGAGACCCCUGCCCAGGGCAGCUCUAUACUCCUUCAGGGCUGCCCGGGCCCUGCUGGGCCGUAGAAAGGGGGAAUCUGGCCCUGCCAACCUGGCCAUCUGUGAGAAGGCCAGUGGAUACCUGUGGGACAGCUUAGCUAUUACACCAACUGGCAGCUCCAUUGACAAGGCCAUGCAGCUGCUUUUGUGUGAUCUGCUCCUUGUGGCUCGCACUAGCCUGUGGCGGCAGCAGCAGCCACCACCCUCAGCUCAGAUGACUCAGGGUGCCAGCAGUGGACCCCAGGCCUCUGCAUUGGAGCUGCGUGGCUUCCAACAAGACCUUAGCAGCCUGAGGCGUUUGGCACAGAGUUUCCGGCCUGCUAUGAGGAGGGUGUUCCUACACGAGGCCACAGCCAGGCUGAUGGCAGGAGCUAGCCCGGCACGGACACACCAGCUCCUGGACCGUAGUCUAAGGAGGCGGGCAGGCUCUGGUGGCAAAGGAGGUGCAGCAGCUGAACUGGAACCUCGGCCCACUUGGCGGGAGCAUACCGAGGCCUUGCUGUUAGCCUCCUGCUACCUACCGCCAGGCUUCCUAUCAGCUCCAGGACAGCGUGUGAGCAUGCUAGCUGAGGCUGCACGUACACUAGAGAAGCUUGGUGACCGCCGACUGCUGCUUGACUGCCAGCAGAUGCUUCUGCGCCUGGGCGGCGGGACCACCGUCACCUCCAGCUAGAUUCAGGCAGGUGGCCCCCAUCUCAAGUGUCCUGGUCUCCACAGUUCACCACGUCUCCACUGGGGGUGGGAGUCCCUUGAAGACCUGUCACUUGCUUUGGUCUGCUAGAGGGGUGUGAAUCUACCUCGUCAACCUGGCAAGUGGCGGUCAGGAUGGUGCUGACCUCCAGUGGCUGAUCGGAGAAUUGCAGUGGCCUACCACGUGCCACCCUCAUAUGUAAGCACCUUAGUGGCUUGUUUUUCCUAGCCUAUGCAAAAAGGAUGAGAGGAAACUUUCCCCCGAGGAAGCCCUGCCCCAAGGUGCCUCUCUUCCUCUUGGGGAGAUUUGUAUAUAGUGUAGAUGCGGCCAGCCUCUAUGCCUGGCGGGCUCAUGUGCUACUUUUGAGUUUUGCAAACUUUAUUUUCAUAGGUUGAGAAAUUUUGUACAGAAAAUUAAAAGUGAAAUUAUUUAUAA